AGCCCGCCCACCCGGGGCCACCGACCCCACCCCCUGCCUUGAAAUUUAAAGGAGGCUGGAGCUGUGCAGAGAUUGGCGCUGAGGUCCUGUAGAGUCCGGACCGACAAGAAAGCCUUUCCAGGAGACAAGCAAGGCAAGGAGUGGAGAAUCUAAGGGACACUGACGAAAUGAUGACUACAAUGAAGAGAGAGCUGUUGUGUGUACUGCUGCUUUGUGGAGCAGUCUUCACUCUGCCCAGGCAGGAAAUCCACAGGCGAUUCAGAAGAGGAGCCAGGUCAUACAGAGUGACCUGCAGAGAUGAAAAAACCCAGAUGACAUAUCGGCAGCAUGAGUCGUGGCUGCGCCCCCUGCUCAGAAGCAACCGCGUAGAAUACUGCUGGUGCAACAGCGGCCGGUCGCAGUGCCACUCUGUGCCCGUCAGAAGUUGCACGGAGCCGAGAUGCUUCAAUGGGGGGACGUGUCGGCAGGCUCUCUAUUUCUCAGAUUUUGUCUGUCAGUGCCCUGAAGGAUUUAGUGGGAAACUCUGUGAAAUAGAUGCCAGUGCUACCUGCUACAAGGACCUAGGUGUCACCUACAGGGGCACGUGGAGCACCGCGGAGAGCGGGGCCGAGUGUGUCAACUGGAACAGCAGCCUUCUGGCCCGGAAGAUCUACAACGGACGGAGGCCAGAUGCCAACAAGCUGGGUCUCGGGAAUCACAAUUACUGCAGAAACCCAGACAAAGACUCAAAACCUUGGUGCUAUAUCUUCAAGGCAGGGAAGUACGUCCCGGAGUUCUGCAGCACACCCGUCUGCUCCCAGGAAAAAAGUGGGAACUGCUACUUUGGAAAAGGACUAGCAUACCGUGGUACGCACAGCCUCACCGUGUCUGGUGCUUCCUGCCUCCCGUGGAAUGCCAUGGUCCUGGUAGGCAAGAUUAACACAGCGUGGAAGACCAACGCCCAGGCACUGGGCCUGGGCAAACACAAUUACUGCCGGAAUCCAGACGGGGAUGCCAAGCCUUGGUGCCACGUGCUGAAGGACCGAAAGCUGACGUGGGAGUACUGUGACAUCCCCCAGUGCUCCACCUGUGGCCUGCGACAGUACAAGCGGCCUCAGUUUCGCAUUAAAGGAGGACUCUUCUCGGACAUCACCUCCCACCCGUGGCAGGCUGCCAUCUUUGUCCAGAACAGGAGGUCGCCCGGAGAGAGGUUCUUGUGCGGGGGGAUCCUGAUUGGCUCCUGCUGGGUCCUGUCCGCUGCCCACUGCUUCCAGGAGAGGUUUCCUCCCCACCACCUUAAGGUGGUCUUGGGCAGAACAUACCGGCUGGAACCUGGAGUGGAAGAGCAGAAAUUUGAAGUCAAAAAAUACAUCGCUCAUAAGGAAUUCGAUGAAGACACUUACAACAAUGACAUUGCACUGCUGCAGCUGAAAUCGGAUUCGCUCCAGUGCGCCCAGGAGACUGGCUCUGUCCGCACCGUCUGUCUCCCGGAAGCCGACCUGCAGCUGCCUGACUGGACGGAGUGUGAGCUUUCUGGCUACGGCAAGCACGAGGCGUCUUCUCCUUUCUACUCUGAGCGGCUGAAGGAAGGGCAUGUCAGGCUGUAUCCCUCCGACCGCUGCACGUCUCAGUAUUUAUCUAACAAAACCGUCACGAGCAACAUGCUGUGUGCUGGAGACACGCGCAGUGGAGGGAACCAAGCAAACCUGCACGAUGCCUGCCAGGGCGACUCAGGAGGGCCCUUGGUGUGUAUGAAGGACAACCACAUGACUUUGGUUGGCAUCAUCAGUUGGGGUCUUGGCUGUGGGCAGAAAGAUGUUCCAGGUGUAUACACCAAGGUUACUAAUUACCUAAACUGGAUUCAAGACAACAUGCGCCCAUAACCAAGAACACCCAGUUCCCUGGCAUCAUGGCAGACCUCACCUUCCUCCACUUCAGAAGACACACCAAGACGGCGCUUCUUCACACGGAUUUCCCCUUGAGCCAUCACACCGUACCAGUGGGGGGAGAACCAGUAGAAGAGGGGAGAGGAUAUAUUUUCAUAGGUACUUCCCUCUUUGGAAGUUUUCCGGGAUUAAGGUCUGAUAUCAGACUGUAUUCUGUGAGAUGGAAAGACAGAUAAAUGCCAACCCCUCCCAGAACACUACCAUCCAGGGCAAAUAGGUAGAACAAAAGCCUAACCACCUAAUCUAUCCAUGGGAACAGCUUUGGAAGUGGGACCACAGAGAAAAAGGCAUGUCUCUGUAAUAAAAAAACAGCUAGAUCCUUCAGGAAAGAAGUAUUGCAUUAGAAACAGAAUGUCUAUCUAUAGUCACAAGGAAGCCGAGCAGAGGCCUGGGCCUCCUAAGGCCAGAUCAUGUUCUUCAAACCAUCCUUUAAAUCAAGUAUUUGGCUACCCCCUUUCUCCACUCUAUAGCUCUUGGAGGAAAUUCCUUUUGUGUACAGUGUAAAUGUUUUUUUUCUUUAUAAUAGAAGGAUUGUACCAUUUUAAUAACUGAUCAUCUAGGCGAUAGCAUAUUUAUGUCAGUUCAUCGUAGUGUUUACUUUCUGUUGCCACAAUUUUGUAUUAUACUGUACUAAAAUAAUAAAUUCAAAUUUAUUUUUCACAUA